AUGGAAAUUGCCGAGUGGGACCCUCAGAAGCCCUCCACGUCCUGCCCCGGACAGAAGACACCGCCAGGAGGCGGGAAGGAGGAGGGGCUUCGGGCCCGGCGGCUGGAGCGCCUGGGCUCCCACUACUUGCCGGUGGUGGUGGGGCCCCGGGGCGCGAGGGCCGAGUUCACGGUCUACAGCCCGCAGUACUCCAACUCCCUGAGCCCCUUCUACACGCUGCAGAAGCCCACCUGCGGCUACCUGUACAGCCGCGCCGUCGACCACAGCCGCAAGCGCCUGGACGUGCCGCCCGCCAACCUGGCCAUGUGGCAGUCCUAG